AAAAAAAAUGAAAAACGGAUCUCCGAAACGCGAACAAGGUCGUGGAACCCAAAGCAAAUGAGGGAUCGAAGAAGAUCGAUUUCUCCACAAAUCACAUCUCUUCUUCCUCUUCAUCACCAGUUUCUUCUUCAUCCUUAAACCGUUCGCUAUCCGAAGCUGGUUUCGAUUUUGGAUGCGAUUUCCUCCGUCACACUGAAUCCAGAGCUCUCAGUGAUCCAUCCUGACGUUGUCGCUUGCCUCCCUAUGCAAUGGUGGUCUGUAAAUGCAGAAAGGCUACCAAGUUGUAUUGCUUUGUCCACAAGGUCCCUGUUUGCGGGGAAUGCAUUUGCUUCCCAGAGCAUCAACUUUGUGUGGUUCGAACUUAUUCUGAAUGGGUAAUAGAUGGAGAGUAUGACCAGCCAAAGUGUUGUCAGUGCCAAGCAGCAUUGAUGGAUGGGACAGGUCAUCAAGUCACUCGGUUGGGUUGCUUGCAUCUUAUACAUUCGAGUUGCUUGGUUUCACUCAUCAAGAGUUUUCCUCCACACACCGCACCUGCGGGUUAUGUGUGCCCAUCGUGUAGCACUCCAAUAUGGCCUCCCAAGAUGGUAAAAGAUACAGGAUCUCGCCUUCAUGCAAUGUUGAAGGAAGUAAUUUUGCAGACUGGUGUUGAGAAGAAUUUGUUCGGAAAUCACCCAGCUUCUUUAUUGACGGAAUCCCGCAGUCCACCACCUGCAUUUGCUUCAGAUCCACUAGUUAAUAUAUCUUCUACCAGCGAAUAUAAUGCAUCCUCGUCUUCCCAUCUACAAGAUGGAAACAACCUUGUUGAUGGAUAUUUAGCCGGAGACGGAGGAUACUCCAAACCCACAGUUUCAGAGAUAGUUGAGAUAGAUGUUCCUGCCUCUGCUGGGAGUUACAUGAAAAGUUCAAGCCCUGGAGCUGUUGCUGCUGCUGCUGCUCGGAAAGGUAUAUCCGCUGCUGACAGGCAGAACUCCGAGAUGUCAUAUUAUGCAGACGAUGAAGAUGGAAACGGUAAAAAGUACUCGAGAAGAGGUCCUCUUCGUCACAAGUUUCUCCGGGCUUUGCUGCCUUUCUGGUCAAGUGCAUUACCAACUCUACCGGUGACUGCACCUCCUCGGAAGGAUGCAUCAAAGACAGAUGUUCCUGAAGGUCGUUUACGGAACCAGAGACCGUCAAGGAUGGAUCCGAGGAAAAUACUUCUCUUCAUAGCAAUCAUGGCAUGCAUGGCAACAAUGGGGAUAUUGUAUUACAGACUCGCUCAACGGGCAAUCGGACGAGAUAUAACCGACGAGGAGCAACCGUGAGGUAAUAAUAUCGUUUUCGGGUGAUCGGACCGGACCAGACUGGGCUUGGCUCUGCGUAAUCGUUAUAUAAAUUUAGGUUUUUGAUCUGAUGGGGCUCUACAUAACAUUGUCCCUGUUGUUGUUUGUUCCUUUCUGGAUGUGGACCCUUGAGAAUCUUUGGGCAUACGGUCGUCGUUUAGUGUUUUCGAUCGGGUGAAGAUUGUUUGGAUAUAUCCCUUUUUCACAGGUGGGAUUUUUUUAGCCUAACGACGGUCCAUUUUUCUUUGGUCUCAAAAAUGUGUUUGAAUUUUGGAUUUUUCGCGACCCGUUAGGAAUUAUGCAAUUACUUAGUAUCGAUUAUUGGUC